UAGAGAGUUAAACAAAUGGCACGUCAGCUCCGCUUGCAUUUCGCGUCAAGACGAAGCAACACGGACCCCCUCUCUGAAGGCCUCAGCUGCCAUGGUGAGGAAAGCAGAGUCAGUGUGUCAGCGCACGGCCCCGCAGAGAAUCUGGCGCACAGCUCAGUCCACUUGAAGGUGACUCCUCUGUCACCAGAGUUUGCCAGCAGUCAAAGCUCUUCAGUCUUCAUAUCCAGGGUUAAUUCCGGAGGCUGCAACAAGAAGAGCGUUCUGCAAAUCUCGCUGCAGCCGUGCGGAAAACCAAGCGGCGAGUUGGAAGGGAGCGUGGAGGAUGGAGAGGCCGGCGUUGGUGUCGGUUCUGACGGAGGAUCGUGCAACAGCAGCAUGGCCAGCGACGCCGGGUACUGCAGCAGCAACAGCAUCUUUGAGCCAGAGCUUCCAGAAAAGCACAGGAGCAGCCAGGAGAGGCCCCAGGUCUGCCGCAGGUCCAAGGUCCCAUUGCGGCGGUGCUCUUCCCUAGUCAUUAUUCCAAGGAGCCCUUGCAGCACGCCGCCCGCGUCUCCCGUAGGCUCUGCGGCUCUGUUUGCUCUGCCCCCGUUACGGGGAUCUCAGCAGCCGGUUCUCCAGGCACCUGCCAGUGAAUUCCUCCAAGCAGACGAAGAAGUGACGAGUAAAGAGCCGAACGGCCCUUCUCUAAGUGGCCACAAUCAGCCAAAAGGAAACUACUCUUCCGAGUUUAGGGACUCAAAACACACGGUACACUUUAACAUCCCGCUAGAGGAUGAACCAAAAUGCAAACUGGAGGACAAGACUGCAGUUAUGGAGCAGUCGUCUAAUCUUCACUCUAGCAGCGUGAUGCUACGCUUUGCCCACCAAAGACCAAUGGCAUCGGCAAAACGAGCCGCAUCUGUGGCUUCGGGCAGUUCACAACUCCCCGAUGCUCAUUACCCGGCUGGACUCUCUGAAAGACAAGGCGAAGCCCACAAAAAACUUUAUCGGAGUACCUCUGCUUGCUUGUUUUCCUCAUCUAAGCAACCUGAGAAAAACAGUAGGGUCUGUUCAUCGGGGAAGGGUCAAGGGAAACACUGUCAUCGUGCCAUUCAGAGGAGCUUUUCCCUUGAGGUGCCUUACGCUAACACCGGGAUUUCAUGUCACGUUUCAAACCCAAAACUCAGCAGCCCUCUUUCUCCACAUGUACACAUUCAUUUGUCUCCUUGCUGCCCUGCAAAGGUUCCCGCUUACCCCGACAACUUCAAAAAGAGCCACAAAGGAAACAGGGAGACACGUGAUGACUUUCUUGGACAGGUGGACGUUCCUUUAAAUCAGAUACCGACAGAAAAUCCUAACGCACAAAGACCAUACACAUUCAAGGAUUUUCUGCUCCACCCACGAAGCCAUAAGUCCAGGGUCAAAGGUCAUCUACGUCUCAAAAUGACCUACCUGCCGAAGAACUUGGGCUCAGAAGAGGAGACGGCAGAUCAGACAGAGGACUCAGAUCCAGGCUGGGAGCUUCUGGAUCAGGACAUGUCGGGCCCCAGGCAGAGUCAGCUGCUGCCUCCUCUUCCUCCGGGCUGGGAGGAGCGGCAGGACAACCUCGGCAGGAACUACUUCGUCAACCACGUGACCAGAACCACGCAGUGGCACCGGCCCACCAUGCAGCAGGUCAUCGAGGAGAGUCACCGGCCGCAGAACAAUAACACAGAUGUGGAACCUGCCUUCAUUACACGCAGACAGAUCUCAGAGCACGAUGAGAACGCCACACCGCAGGAGUCUCCAGAGAGCUGGGAGAUCAUCACCGAGGACGAAUCCACUUUGUACCCCAGAAACCAUCAGCUCACAUCAACUUCCUCCAGCGAGCCGCCGGCGUUCUCCUCGUUCAGCGACGAGAACAGGAACCUUUGUGUUUCACGAUCCACAACUAGAGAGCUGCGCAGUUCACAGAAUAAUCAAAUGAGUAAUUCAAACCAUUCCAGCCUCAGAGAAAGUUCUCAGACUUCUGCAAGAGAGGAACAACCUAUCAGUCCCGUGUUACUUCCCUCGUCACCUCAGUUGCCUCCAGGCUGGGAGGAGAAGCGUGACAAUAAAGGAAGACGCUACUAUGUCAACCACAACACCCGAACCACCACAUGGGUGCGUCCAGUCAUUCAGAAACCUGCAGACUCACCAGCAGCACCGGCGGCAGCAGCGGCACCGGCGGCAGCGGCACCGGCGGCAGCGGCACCGGCGGCAGCGGCACCGGCGGCAGCGGCACCGGCGGCAGCGGCACCGGCGGCGGCACCACAGAGUGAAUCUGCGCCGCCUCAGAACUCCAGCCCGCCGUCCCAGCCGGCGGCGGUCAGCCCUGCAGACGCCACUCAGCCCGGACCGAGCGCAGAGGCCUCCGCUGAUUUCGGCUCCUUACCGCAGGGCUGGGAGGUGCGCAGCGCUCCGAACGGAAGACCUUUUUUUAUCAAUCACAACACAAAGACGACCACCUGGGAAGAUCCCAGGCUUAGGAUUCCUGUGCAGAAGAGGAGGACCGGCUCACUCGACCCCAAAGACCUCGGCCCGCUGCCACCUGGAUGGGAGGAGCGGAUCCACGGAGAUGGCAGGAUAUUCUACAUUGAUCACAACACCAAAGUCACACAGUGGGAAGAUCCCAGAUUGCAGAACUCGGCUAUAACUGGUCCAGCUGUGCCUUACUCUCGAGAUUACAAGCAGAAGUACGAGUAUUUCAGAAAGAAGCUGAUCAAACCGGCCGACAUCCCGAACCGCUUUGAGCUGAAGCUGAAACGAAACUCGGUGCUGGAGGAUUCCUACAGACGCAUCCUGGCGGUGAAGCGGCCGGAGCUGCUGAAGGCUCGACUGUGGGUGGAGUUCGAGGGAGAAAAGGGCCUGGACUACGGCGGCUUGGCCAGAGAGUGGUUCUUCCUCAUGUCCAAGGAGAUGUUCAACCCGUACUAUGGACUGUUCGAGUAUUCUGCCACAGACAACUACACGCUGCAGAUCAACCCCAACUCCGGUUUGUGUAAUGAAGACCACCUCACCUACUUCAAGUUUAUUGGUCGUGUGGCUGGCAUGGCGGUGUUUCACGGCAAACUCCUUGAUGCAUUCUUCAUCCGGCCGUUCUACAAGAUGAUGCUGCAGAAGCCGAUCACUCUGCAGGACAUGGAGUCUGUCGACAGCGAGUACUUUAACUCCUUAAAGUGGAUUUUGGACAACGACCCGGAGGAUUUGGACCUGAGGUUCACCAUUGAUGAGGAGCUGUUUGGAGAGACUCGCCAGCAUGACCUGAAACCGGAUGGCUCUGAGAUUGUUGUCACUAAUGAAAACAAGAGGGAAUACAUCGACCUGGUGAUGCAGUGGAGAUUUGUGAACAGAAUACAGAAACAGAUGACGGCUUUCAAAGAGGGAUUCUUUGAGCUGAUACCAAGGGAUCUGAUCAGGAUUUUUGAUGGGAAUGAGCUUGAGCUGCUCAUGUGCGGCCUGGGAGACGUGGACGUGAACGACUGGAGGCAGAACACCAAGUACAAGAACGGUUACUGUGGCGACCACAUGGUCAUCCAGUGGUUCUGGAAAACGGUGCUGCUGAUGGACGCAGAAAAGAGAAUCCGGCUCCUGCAGUUUGUGACGGGGACGUCCAGAGUCCCGAUGAACGGGUUCGCAGAACUUUAUGGCUCUAACGGACCGCAGCUGUUUACCAUCGAGCAAUGGGGAACCAGUGAUAAACUUCCCAGAGCCCACACCUGCUUCAACCGUCUGGACCUCCCUCCUUACGAGUCGUUCGAGGAGCUCAGGGAGAAGCUCAACAUCGCCAUCGAGAACGCCCAGGGCUUCGACGGCGUCGACUAACGGACGCCGCGAUUGGACGAGGGGAGCGGACGCUGCUGCAGUCAAAGCGAACCCGACCAGGACCUCGACCUGCCAGCUGAGGGUCAGAUGAAGGAAAACCUCAGAGCCGUCGCUCGGUCCACUGACGGAGGAAAAAAGAGACAGAUCCUGUUUUUAUCUGCACCUUUCAACGUUUACAAAUCAGAUUCUUUAUCGGGAGCCGCUCAGAGGUGUAUGUAUUUACUGUCACUUGUUCUGCUUAAAUGCUGUGAUGUGUUAAACAUAGGUUGAUUUUUUUUUAUUUUCUUUGUGAGCCGAUAUGCAUAAAUACUGUGAAUUAAUGAAUUCAUGCCUCCCUGAACAUAUCUGAGAAACUGGUGUGGAAGAGUCCAACUUCAUCCAGCUGCAAAACGCUGCGAGGUUUUACUGACUUUCAGCAGCUUCACUCCCCCCUGAGGAGAGACCAGCUCAUUCUUUUCAUUCAACAAAAGUAACAUUUAUUACCAUUCAGUUUGCUUUACGUCAAUCAGCAGGAAAAUAAUGUUUAUUUUAUUCACUUUUCACAACAGAACAGAAACAUAUCAGUCGCUACCAGCAGUAAAGAUGAUCUGUUAGUCAGAGUCGCCAUCUGAGCUCAAACAUCUUCAUUUUUUAACUUCUUCGUAAAAUGAAAAACAAAAUUUGUCACUGUUUUAAAAUACCUAAUAACCGUUUUGAUUUAGUUUGAAAAUCAUUUUGAACAGCUUUUCUUCUUUUUUAUUUCUCAUCAGUUUAUUUCCUGUAUUUUAAAUUUUUCAUUCCAGUAUUUCAGGUGUUUAGCUGCAUGGACCUUAAAGCCAUUUACAGCGGACAGCGUUACAUACACGUUUGAGCGACUAGUUAAUCUAAAUGUGUUGGUGAAUAAAUAGAUUGUUGAGGUAGUGAUGAACCUGGACCAGUGAAAAGCUUCAGUAAUUAUUGUUUCUGUGUCGACCAUGGAGAAGGAGAAGUGGCUACAGCAUACAGUGUUGGAUACUAUGCACUCAUGUACAUAUCGAUGUAAAAUAGACAAGUGUCUCUUAAAUUUUUAGUUUAUUUCACGUUGCGUUAACGUACCUGCAGACACACCUGUGCCUUUUACAUACCUACUUUAGGCGUCUUUCUCCACUUUGAUUGCACCGGAAGAAUUGAUGUAAAUUCACCUUUUAUCUCUGGGUUUUAAUUUCAACCUUUGCCAGCUGGCCUUAACAUGUUAAAUAGUUUUACUUACGUUUUUUUUUUGUUUUUUUUGUCUUGUGACAUCAUCGUUUUUAUCUCAUCAGGGAGCGUCUGAUUGCAGCUCCGUUUUUGAGAGCGCAUCUUCAGCGUUUUUUUGUGUACGGACUGUUCUUCUCAAAGUGAGAACUAAUUUGUGAUACCUUUGUAUGAAAUGGCUGUACUUGAGCAGUAGUUUUGACAUUUUCUGACAGGUGAAAUGUGUUUACUCCAGCUGCCAUGUUUACAGAUCGGUGAGGGUGGGAGACGACGCGGCCCGCUUCCUGUCUGACGUUUUUCUUACUCCUGCUUUUAUAAAGUGAAGCACUUUGUUGACGAGUCUUACUUCUGAACCUUUGCCAAACUGAAGACUGUCUGAAUCACUCGUGAUCUUUUGCUUCGUGUGUUUAAAUGUUUACACGUGAACCUUGCUUAAAACAAGCACUUUCUCUUCUUUCACAUUCAUUUUAAAGAGAAAUACCAAGGCCUUCAUUUGUGACACGUUAUGUAGACUUUAGAGGUGUUAUCAUAUCUCUGUGUAUGCUAGAGAUCACAUUACAGCAGAAAAAGGGAAGAAUUAUCUUGUUUUUCAUUAAUUAUAACUACCUAUAGUAUAUCUAUAGACUGAAUAUAAAUGUUUGCAAAAUAAACACAUAAAACCCCGGA